UGAAUAUUGGCAGCUUAUUCAUCGCAAGUCGACAAUUGGGUUUUCAACCAAAUAAUAAACCUCUGAUAUCAAGGCGACACUAAUUCAAAUGAUACGUAUUGCACAGGAACUUCUAUAUCAUCAACAUUGAAAGUCCAAGUGCCGAAUUUUAUGGUGGAGAGAAUAUAAACAGCUAGAAAUAAAAUGGCUGAAGCCGAAGGAGGCUCGGAGCAGGACGACGUUUCAUUUUUGCGAACGGAAGAUAUGGUUUGCCUCUCAUGUACAGCAACGGGAGAACGUGUUUGUCUAGCAGCUGAAGGAUUUGGUAACCGGCACUGCUUUUUGGAGAAUAUCGCCGACAAAAAUGUGCCACCUGAUCUAUCACAAUGCGUUUUCGUAAUCGAGCAGGCAUUGUCAGUGCGUGCGUUACAAGAACUUGUUACUGCAGCAGGGUCCGAAACU